GUAAAACUUUUCCCGACCGGACUUUGAAUCUUCCCUCUGGAGACAGCCAAAGGGACCGUGUCCACCUCUCCUCUGCCUCUCUACUUUUAUUCCUUUCUUCCCCAACUUCACAUCUCAUCUUCUCUCUUUUGCCUUUAGAUCUCUAACUAUCUUCUCGGGUUGGGUUUUCCCGAUCCGGGUCGGAUCUGAUUCCCCUGAAGCAACGAAUCUCAAGAACCUCCUUUUGUUUUCCCUUCCCGGGAAAAUCAAGAAUAAACGCACCUUUACUUCUCUGUAUCUGAUUUAGCUUCCAAUCAUCUUGAUCUGGGUAUAGUAAAAAAAAAAAACUUUCCUUUUUUGGUAUUUUUUUUUUCUGGGCUUGAAGAACAACUUCAUAGGCUUUAGUUGAGUGCUUGAAUUGUUAAAAAAGGUUUCUACUUUAGGCAUUUUGUGAUGGGGACAUAAGUUAGGUUUGUCUUUGUGAAACAUUGUGUCUUUUUGAAGCUUUUGUCUGAGAUAUGACAAGCGUCAUUGAUAUUACCAAGUAUGGUCAUAGUCCUGUACAUCACGCUGUCGUCACAAGAGACUACACCACUCUCAAGAAACUACUCUCCGCUCUUCCCAAGAUGCGUGACCCAUCCGAGGUCAAAAACGAAGCAGCUUCUGUAGCUGAAGAGACAAAAGCUGACUCCAUUGCAUCCAUCAUAGACAGACGCGACGUCGUUAACCGAGACACGGCACUUCACUUAGCUGUAAAGCUCGGAGAUGAAACCUCAGCGGAGAUGCUUAUGGCUGCAGGAGCUGACUGGAGUUUGCAGAACGAGCAAGGGUGGAGCGCGUUACAAGAAGCUAUUUGCAGUAGAGAAGAGAGGAUCGCUAUGAUUAUUGUGAGGCAUUAUCAGCCUCUAGCUUGGGCUAAAUGGUGCAGGAGGUUGCCUAGGCUUGUGGCUACUAUGCAUAGGAUGAGAGAUUUCUAUAUGGAGAUCACUUUCCAUUUCGAGAGCUCGGUGAUACCUUUUAUAUCUAGAGUGGCGCCUUCUGAUACUUAUAAGAUUUGGAAGAGAGGUGCUAAUCUUAGAGCUGAUAUGACGUUAGCUGGAUUUGAUGGUUUCAGGAUCCAAAGAUCUGAUCAGACUAUACUCUUUCUUGGAGAUGGGUCUGAAGAUGGUAAAGUUCCUUCAGGCUCUCUCCUUAUGAUAUCACAUAAGGAUAAGGAGAUUAUGAAUGCUUUGGACGGUGCUGGUGCUCCUGCGACAGAGGAAGAAGUUCGUCAAGAAGUGGCUGCUAUGUCUAAAACGUCCAUAUUCAGACCAGGCAUUGAUGUUACUCAAGCGGUUCUAUUCCCGCAGUUAACGUGGAGGCGUCAGGAGAAGAGUGAGAUGGUUGGGAAGUGGAAGGCUAAAGUGUAUGAUAUGCAUAAUGUGGUUGUUAGUAUAAAGUCUAGGAGAGUUCCCGGUGCAAUGACUGAUGAGGAGCUUUUCUCGAAGAGUAAUAAUAAUCAAGAAAACGAAAGUGAGAGCGAGGAUCUUGGAGAUGUUUUGACUGAAGAUGAGAAGAGGCAGCUUGAGUUAGCACUUAAAGUGGACUCGCCGGAAGAAGCUUCUAAUAAUAGUUGUUCUUUUGAGGAGAGGGAGGUGCCAGUAACUGAUGGAAAUGGUUAUAGCAAACAGGAGAAGAAAAGUUGGUUUAGUGGGUGGAGGAAACGAGAGGAAGGAGAUAAAAGAAGUAACGUUCCUCCGAGAAGUUCUCUUUGUGUUGAUGAGAAAGUGAGUGAUCUUCUUGGGGGGGAAGAUGAUUGUUCAUCUGGUGGAGGAAGGCAGAUAAAACCUGGGAGACAUUCAACAGUUGAGACUGUUGUGAGAGAUGAAAGCCAUUCAUCAAAAGCUUCAACAUCAGAAGGUAGCAAGAGAAAGGAAGGAAGCAAAGAGAACGAGUACAAGAAAGGGCUUAGACCAAUUCUUUGGCUCUCUGAGAGGUUCCCAUUACAGACUAAAGAGCUUCUUCCAUUGCUUGAUAUCCUUGCAAACAAAGUCAAAGCAGUUCGGCGUUUAAGAGAGCUUAUGACCACUAAACUACCAUCUGGAACAUUCCCAGUCAAGGUUGCUAUCCCGGUGAUCCCUACGAUUAGAGUACUAGUUACAUUCACAAAGUUUGAAGAGCUAGAAGCUAUUGAAGAUGAGUUUGUAACGCCACCAUCAAGCCCUACUUCUCCUGUUAAGAACAGUCCUAGAGAGGAACCACAGACCUCAUCAAGCUCAUCCUCCUCAUGGUAUCAGUGGAUGAAAACACCGAGCCAACGUCCAUCAACAAGCUCAGGAGGGUUUAAUAAUGGUAAAGCGGAAAACGAUCAAGACCCGUUUGCAAUUCCAAGGGGAUAUAAUUGGAUCACAUCUGAAGAGAAGAAAAAGAAGGUUCAAGAGAAGAAUAAAGCUAAGAAGGGCAAGUCAUCUCAGAGCAGCUGAAGAAACCACAAGUAAGAAGGAUCUCUCUUCUUGUCUCUCUGAAAACAUUGGGAAAAAAAAAUACUGAAAUAGGAAAAUCUAGCAGAUUAUAAUAUAGUUGGGGGAAAAUAGAGGAAUGAUGUGGGGGUUAAUGUUGUUGUUGUGACUUUAUAUUGGCUUAUGAUUCUUUCUUUUGUAUUUUUGUUUUAAUCGUUGGAGAUGAUUGUUAACUAUGUAUCAUCAUCUUAAAUAAGCUAUGAAGUUGUUGGUAUGAGAUUAAGUUAGAUGGGAGAUUCAACAUAGUUUCUUCACACUUCUCUUUUAAUGUUUUUUCUUCUUCUCUGUCUAUCUCCAUUGGAGUGGUGUUAUUACAGAACACGUUAUUUGAAUA